AUGGCAAACACUUUCGGUGCGACCAUCAGGUCUUUCUGGCAUACUAUGACUAGUUAUGACAGACAUUCCUCAUUUGACUCCCCUUAUCGAACUGGUCGACAUGUCCCCCUACAGAAUGGUCGAGGUGGUAUUAUGACUGGCGUAGCAACAGCCUCCGAUUCUCGAAACGAUGUCUCAUCUCCCUACUCCGACGAAACCGGCCGGGCUUCUCCCCUCCAACCCGACGGCGCUACUUUCGCUCCAACGAGCGCCCCCUAUUCACCUGGCCUGAGAUCAAUGAGCGCGCGAAAUGCCAGCCAGGGCGAUGGCUUCGAGGUGCAGAGCCCCGGCGAUGUCCCAAUGCAAAACUUUGCCGAUGGCCUCCCCCCUGCCCCUCCAGUUGCCCAUUCCUGGAGGCGUAUAGACGCCUGGGCCGAUGAAAACUAUCCAGAGCUCUACGACCAGCUAUGCGAAGGUGCUACCAACAAUGACCUGAACGACCUGGAGCAUCAGCUUGACUGCUCUCUUCCUCAAGACGUCCGCGACUCGCUUAUGGUUCACGAUGGUCAAGAACGAGGAGGAAUGCCCACCGGAAUUAUUUUUAGCCACAUGUUGCUGGAUUGCGAAGAGAUCGUCCAGGAAUGGGAUAACUGGAGGACCGUUAAUCACCAGUAUUUGCUCGAAACAUCUAUCAACAAGCCCUCUACCCCUUCCAAGGCUUUCGGCGGCAGCAAUGAGGCCUCUUCUUCUAAGCAAGGCGCCGCAGCUGGCGGCAGCCCCGGUCCUUGGAGACAAGAUCUCCUCUCUCGCCAGGACUGCGUGCCCCCCAAUGCUGUUCAAAAGGCAUAUGCCCAUAGCUCAUGGAUCCCCCUCGUCCGCGACUGGGGUGGCAACAACUUGGCUGUCGAUCUGGCUCCUGGUCCUGGUGGCCAGUGGGGUCAGAUCAUUCUGUUUGGUCGUGACUACGAUACUAAAUACGUCGUCGCGCGCUCCUGGGCUGCGUUCCUGGCUGUUGUCGCGGAUGAUCUCAACAGUGGCAAGUGGUAUGUGGAUGAGGAAACCAACGAAUUGAAGCUCCGAGAGUUCAAAGAGACAAGAGUUGAGCCAUCGUACUUCAGCAUCCUGCGGUGGAGAAUGGAUCAGAAAUAUGGAAGAAGGGCAGCUUCAAACCGAAGGUCAAUGGGGCCGAAGCCUAAUUCUCCUCUUGGCUCGCGUUCUUCUUCACCUUAUGGUAGUGGUGGUGAGAAUGGUGAGCCCCGGGGCCGAUCUAUGCAACGACUCAGUGGAUCAUCUCCUUUGGCCAGUCCCCGGCCAGGCGCAGGAUACGGAAAGGCGACACCUUUGAGUAAAGUCACAGAGGAGACAACAAUUCCAGAGCUGGCCGACGCAUAUAUCCAGCCUGAGAAGCUUGUAGAGGUCGAAAGUCCCCGGCAAAGCCAGGACAGCAAACUUCCGAAAGUGACAACCAGCAUUCCCCGAGUGGAAUCCGACCUCCUCAAGGUGGAACAAGAACCAUCUCCCAAGGCGAACGGCAAGAAACCCGAGGUGGUGGACGAAUCGAUGAAGACAAUCGAGAUUUAA